AUGGGGGAUGGAAAAUGCACGUUCGGCACGAGGAUGCCUAUUGACAUCCACAUGCUGAACGAAAUAAUAUACCGGGAGGUGAAACACUUCAGGAACUACAAAAUCUAUAGACCUAACUUUGGCUCAAUUCCGGUGACCGGCAAGUUCUACGCCCACCACGACCAACUGAAAGCCGAGUCCAGGGAGCAGACGGAGAAAGUGGAGAAUUAUCACCGGAAUGUGGCGCAGACCAGGGCCAAGGGUCCUCACAGUAAAUACCCCGCACCGGCCACAGAGAACCAGGCAUACGGUUGGUACUACAAACCACUAGAGCCUAUGGACCGCAACGACCGUCGGUUCUACCACCCCAAGAAAGAAAGUUCUCACACCAAAAUCGAGAUCGUCAUCCUCAUGUCAAAUCCUAUGAAGAAGAAAUAA